GUGUCCUCUAUCACUCCUCACUCAAUCACUUCCAGCACUUCCAACUCGUCUAGGGUUCCGCCGCUCCCGCCGCCCCUACCUCCUCAGAUCCUUGCUCCGUUGCUCGUCGCUACUCCCGUCGCCGGUGCCACCCGCGCGAGCCGCCGGUGCAUCCGCACUCCCAGCCGGUGCCAGAUCCGCGUCCUCCCCUGGACGGAUCCGGCUCGCCUCCGCCUCCUCUCGUUCAUCGGUGAGGUGCCUUCCCCAACCUCCCGACCUGCUUCCUCCGCCACAUCACAUCAGAGAGAGCGCCCGAAUCUGCGUCCUCCCCGCCGCAUUCCUUUUCUCCCCCGACCGGCUCCGGCUCGCUGCCCAGCAAUCUCCGACCUCCCCGUCUUCUUCCUUCACCACAUCAGUCAGCCGCCGAGCCAAGAGAGCACGCGAGAUGACCGGCGGAAUCGUGACCGUGGCGACCGGGGUGAUGAACCCCCUCAUCAGCAAGCUCACCGCACUCAUGGGCGACGAGUACAACAAGUUCAAAGGGGUCAGGAAGCAGGCCUCAUUCCUCGAGAAGGAACUCAGCGCCAUGAACGCAGCCCUUCAGAAGCUCGAGCUCAUUGAUGAGAUUGAUCCAACCGUCAAGGAUUGGAGGGACCAUGUUAGGGAGAUGUCGUAUGACAUGGAGAAUUGUAUCGAUGACUUCAUGCGCCAGUCCCGGGCUGACGAUGCCAAGGCGGGUUUCAUCAAGAAGACUGCUCGGCGCAUCAAAAAGUUGCGAGAGCGUCUUCGGAUAGCUGAUCGGAUGGAAGAGCUCAAGACUCUUGCCAUAGAGGCCAAUGCUCGGCGCCAAAGGUAUAAUAUCGAUGAUUGGAAGCCUACCUCAAGCACUGUGGCCAUUGACCCUCGACUGUGUGCGGUCUACCAGGAGGCGGAUACUCUCGUGGGCAUCGAUGGGCCAAGGGAGGAGGUUGCCACUAUUUUGAUGGAUGCUCGAAAGAAACUCAAAGUGGUGUCGAUUGUGGGCUUCGGUGGUCUUGGUAAAACUACACUUGCCAAGCAGGUGUAUGACAAGAUUGGCUCGCUGUUCGACUGCAAAGCAUUCUUUUCAGUUUCGCAGAGGCCUGAUAUGACUGAGCUGCUCAACAAUUUCCAGUUGAAACUAGGGAUGAGGGAUCCCGAUACAUCUCGCACUCGCAAGGUUGACGACAUCAUUGAAGAGCUAAGGCAACAUCUGAAAGAGAAGAGGUACCUGAUUGUUGUCGAUGAUGUGUGGGAUCAACCAACAUGGAAUACCAUUAAGUGUGCGUUUCCUGAAGAUAUUAAUGGAAGUAGAGUAGUAGUUACAACACGAGUGGAAGACGUGGCUGCAGCAGCCUGUCAGAAUGACGGCGAGGGCAUCUACAAAAUGGAACCCCUCAGUGAUCAAAACUCAAGAAUGCUAUUGUUGAAUAGAGUAUUUGGGUCCAAACAUGAUUGUCCACCCCAUCUGAAAGAAGUUAUGGCUGAGAUUUUGAAGAAGUGUCAUGGAUUGCCACUUGCAGUUAUCACAAUAGCUAGCCUAUUAGCCAAUAAAGAAACGUCAAGGAAGAGCUGGGAGAGCAUAAGGGAUUCUUUGGGUACCCAGCUUGCCACAAAUCCCACCUUGGAAGAGAUGAAGAGUAUAUUAAACUUGAGCUACAUGCAUCUUCCUGCUCAUCUGCGGGCAUGCUUUUUGUACUUUGGUAUGUAUCCUGAGGACUGGGACAUCGAGAGGGACGAUCUGGUUCGGCAAUGGAUAGCUGAAGGCCUUGUGAGUAAUUUGCAUGGGCAUGACCUAGAGGAUGUUGGGAGGAGUUAUUUCAAUGAGCUAAUUAACAGAAGUGUGAUUCAGCCUGUUAUGGUAUACCGUGAAGAGGUGGUGUUAUGUAGAGUACAUGACAUGAUGCUUGAUUUGAUCCUAAGCAGGUGUGAUGAAGAUAACUUUAUAAGUGUGGCGUACAAUUAUAAUGACAUGGCAAGAUUGCAUGGCAAUAAAUACAAGGUUCGCCGGUUAUCUCUGAGUUCUGUGGCUGGUCGUGGAGCAGCAUAUGCCCCAACUAUUGAUGUCUGCCUAUCACAAAUUCGAUCAUUUACACUUUUCUGGGCCCCCCUGCCUUCUCUUUUGCUGUUCAAGUAUCUCCGGGUGUUGAGAAUUACAGAUUACAACCUAGAUGAGGAGACCACACUUGACCUCGCUCCUAUUGGUCAAUUGUUUCAGUUGAGGUAUUUGUAUGUUACAGUGUCAUGUUACGUACAACUCCCCUCUAAACUUCAAGGGCUUGUUUACUUGGAGACGUUGGACAUGCCUUCUGCACAACUCAAGAGCAUCCCCUCAGAUAUAGCCCAGUUGUCUCGCUUGUCCUAUCUUAAUAUUAGGAUGGAAAAAUUCAUGUCUGAAUGUAUUGGGAAUAUGAAAUCACUGCGCACUCUGGUAAUAGAUGGUGAAGAUUUGUCCAUGAAGGAAGUGAAUUCAGUAAAGGUUAUUAUGGGUCUCGGAGAGCUGACCAAUCUAAGGAACCUGAAGAUUAGAGUGAAUGGUUGGGAAAAGCCAGAACGUGAUGCUUUUGCCAGCUCCCUUGGAAAGCUCCGUAACCUCAAAUGUCUUCAUUUCAGUUCUGGCUAUACUGUAGAAGAUAACGAACUGGGCUCAUUAUCCAAUCCUUUUCCGCAACUCGAGGAAUUUAUCGGCGGCCGUUGGAAAUUCCAUAGAGUUCCCGUAUGGAUGGGUGGUCUAAAUUGCCUUCGCAACCUAGAGCUGUGGGUGAAGGAGGCGUCAACUCAGGAGGUUAAUCUUCUUGGAGAGCUCCCGUCCCUCGUUGCACUCUGGCUCGGGACGUCUCAUAUCCCAAAAGAAAGCGCUAUAUUGGGCACGGGACUGUUCCCGGUUCUGAAGAGCCUCACAUUUGGGGCACAGGAAGAUGUUGGGGCUUACCUAGGGUUCGAGGCGGGGGCCAUGCCCAACCUAAGAUUCCUCUGUAUCUCUACAUCCAGGGAACACGGCGUUGUACCAGUUGGCCUGGAGCACCUGUUACGCCUUGAGACAAUCUAUCUGCGUGGGGUCGACAUCGGUGAUGCCAUAGUGUCUGCGUUCAGGGAUGCUUUAUCAGCGCACCCAAACCACCCAUCUGUUGGCCCUUCAUUUUAGUUGAUUUCUAUUGUUGAAAUGCAGUUUGUAUUUGUGACUGCGUGGUCAUUAUGUUUUACUGAUGGGCAUGCAGACUAAUUUUGUACCAUGUGUAAUGUAAUCUUAUCAACCUCUGAAUAUUAUUAAUUUCGGCGUGGAUCAUGA